GAGAGAGAGCGAGAGAGCUCCUGUCGGGUUGUUCAGAUCUGUAGCCCAUGCCUGUGGAAGUCACCUGGAGGGGAGGGAGGACAUGUUUGCUAUGGUCGAGGAGGAGCCUGCAGCUUGACUUCCAGUAGCUGUGACUGGCCGCCGCCUUCUCUCUGCCUCUUCCCCCACCCAUCAUCCAUCCAUCCUCCUCCUCCUCCUCCUCCUCCUCUUCCUCAGCAGCUACUGCAGCAGCAGCAUCCCGGUGCCUCCCGGAUCCAUGAAGAACUCCCUCCCGCACGGCUCCCUCCCCGCCGCGAUGGGCCGCAAGCCUUCCACUGCGUUGCUGUGUUGAUAUCGAGAUAUUCCACUUAUUCAAAUAUGAAUCAUGCAUUUGAUAUUUCUGGCCACUUUGCUCGUCAGCGUCCUCUCGCCCUGGCUUCAUCCAUCUCUAGCGUCAUCCGAUUCUCAAGGAGUAGACGACAAGGUUGAGAGGGAUGCGGUGCCCGUGCUGCUGAAGCAACAGGCGACUGCAGCACCUGCCACAGACAACACAACCCGCCAUGCAGCAGAGCAUGAGAUCACCUACCCCUCGCGGCUGAUCUACUACCUGAACGAGGACUCGGAGAGCACCUACCAUGACCUGGACACGCGAGUCCAGAGCCAGGCCGCGGAGGGCCAGGCAGUCCACCUUGCCCAGGCCAGUUUCCAGUUAGAGGCGUUUGGCUCCAGAUUUGUCCUGGAUCUAAAGUUGAACAACGGCUUGCUGUCUUCAGAUUAUGUUGAGAUCCAUUAUGAAGGGGGCAAACCUGUUCUAUCAAAGGGCGGUGAGCACUGUUACUACCACGGCCAGUUGAGAGGGAACGAUAACUCCCACGUGGCCUUAUCUACCUGCAACGGGCUGCACGGGAUGUUUGACGAUGGAGUCUAUGUGUAUCUAAUUGAGCCCUUGGAACAGACUCAUUCCAUCGAUACAGCUGCAAGGCCUCACAGUUUAAGAAGAGCAGCCUCCCUUCACUGGAACAAUGAUCCAGAGGAGCAGGAUGAGGAGGGGCAUCUCUUCUCGGAGCUCGAUGACUUGUCCUGGCUGAAGCGCAGGAAAAAGCGAGCUAUGCCUCGCAGUGUGUUUGAAGAGAUGAAAUAUUUAGAGAUCAUGAUUGUCAGUGACCACAGUAUGUAUAAACGACACAAGACCAAACAGCACACGAGGAAUUUUGCCAAGUCUGUGGUGAAUCUCGUGGAUGCUAUCUUCAAAGAGCAGCUACACACACGUGUGGUGCUGGUUGCAGUGGAGAUCUGGACCGACAAGGAUCAGAUCCCUGUCAGCGUGAGGCCGCUGGAGAUGCUGCGGGAUUUCUCCAAGUACCGGCAGCAGAGCAUCAAGCAUCACGCCGACUCUGUUCACCUUUUCUCGAAUGUGACUUUCCACUACCGCAGAAGCAGCGCGGCGUACUUCGGGGGCACGUGCUCUAUGAGCCGCGGGGUCGGCGUCAAUGAGUACGGCACCACCGGGUCCAUGGCAGUGUCUCUGUGCCAGAGCCUGGCGCAGAAUCUGGGCAUCCAGUGGGACCCAGCAUCCAGGAGAAAGGAAUGUGGUUGUGCUGACACGUGGACGGGCUGCAUAAUGGAGGAUACUGGUGUCCAACACCCGCGGCGAUUCUCCAAAUGCAGCAUCUCGGACUACAAGGAGUUCCUCUUGAAAGGAGGAGGCUCUUGUCUGUUUAACAGGCCGACCAAGCUGUUCGAGACGACAGAGUGUGGGAAUGGAUUUGUCGAGGUGGGAGAGGAGUGUGACUGCGGAGGGAGAGCGGAGUGCUACAAGGAAUGCUGCAAGAAGUGUUCCCUCUCCAACGGGGCGCACUGCAGCGACGGCCCCUGCUGCAAUAACACAUGUCUGUUCUAUCCACGAGGUUACAGUUGCCGCUACGCUGUGAACGACUGUGAUAUCUCAGAGACCUGCUCUGGAGACUCUGGACAGUGCCCUCCCAACCUACAUAAACAGGAUGGUUACCUCUGCCAGGUCAACCAGGGUCGCUGCUACAAUGGAGAGUGCAAGACCAGAGAGAACCAGUGUAAAUACAUCUGGGGGUCAAAGGCCGGAGGCUCGGAGAAGUUCUGCUACGAGAAGCUCAACACGGAGGGCUCAGAGAAGGGCAACUGUGGGAGAGAUGGAGAGAAAUGGACCCAGUGUAGCAAACAUGACGUGUUCUGCGGUUACCUUUUGUGUGCGAACAUUGGCCGCAACCCACGCAUCGGAAGUAUGAAAGGGGAAUUAACCACCAUUUUCUUUAACCAUAAAAAUGUGCAGAUAGAUUGCAGUGGUGGCCAUGUCCUUUUGGAUGAUGAUACUGAUUUAGGCUACGUGGAGGACGGGACUCCCUGUGGGCCGUCAAUGAUGUGCCUUGACCACAAGUGUCUGCCCAUCCAGUCACUCAACAUGAGCACCUGCCCCAGUGGACCUAAUGGACAGGUGUGCUCUGCCCAUGGGGUGUGCAACAAUGAAGCCACAUGCACGUGCGACACCACCUGGGCAGGGACAGACUGUAGCAUGCCUGACCCGCCUAAAGAGCCUGAGGCCACUCAGGACGAAGGGCCCAAGGUGAGCGUGGCCACUAACAGGCUGAUAGGGGCAGUAGCAGGGACCAUUCUGGCCCUGGGGGUGAUUUUUGGAGGCACAGGGUGGGGAAUAGAAAAUGUGAAGAAACGGCGGUACGACCCCAACGCCUCAGCCAUUUAACCAAGGGAGAGAUGGCGAUCACAGACGGACUCCUCCAAGGCUUCCUUAGUUGGCUACCUGACAGCUGGACUGCACUUACUGCUGCUGAUCUUUGGCAUUAGAUUUACUUGAACCAGACAUAGUGGACAUUUUAACAAAUUCCAUCGUAGUGACAUAAGAAACGCAGCCUUUUUCGACACCACCUCACUCAUAACAACGACCCCCCCCGCCCACCCACUCACCCUGAUCUCUAGAGUGACAGAGCUCCUCUUCAGCCCUUUUAGUGCCAGUGCACAGGCGUUCAGGCGGAAUCCACACCACUCUCUCACCUGGCAUGAUUAUCCGCACAGAGCGUGCUGCUUGCUGGCCCCCCCCCCCCCGGCAUGAGGAGUCCUCUUUACAGGGCUCUGCAUGGCUACGGAAGCUACGAAUAUACCGCAAAAAAAAAAAAGAAAAAAAAAAAACAUACAAAGAGGAAAAAAUCCAACAGAGGAGAUAGCCGCGUUAAAAAACAAACUCAGUGGAAAGCUGGUGGAAGCUCCUAUAGUCUACUUUUAGUUGCUGUAGAUGAAUAAAGGAGGCUGCAUGUGAGGACCUAUAAGGGCGGUGCAGACCACAUGGUGAAUGCACAUACACACUUACAGACACACACACACAAAAUUGUACAUAAAUAAGGAGUUCAGGUUUGGAAUUAUCAGCAUAUUUUCAAAGGACAUCAAUUGCUUCUGUUUUUAUUCUUAGCAUGUUGUAUAGCGGGUGUUUUUUGCCAAUGUAACGGGAAAAAAGGAAAAAGAAGAAAACUGCACUUAUGAUUUGGGCUUAAAGUUUUUCGCCUGACGUUGCACAGCCGGCUGGGCUUGUCGGGUCUGAGGUCAAAGGUCAGAGCACACAUCAGCGGACAAAGCGGCUGUGGUGUCGAGGAGAAGCAUGUCAGUUCUAGAGGGAUUCGGACUGAGAUCGCGAUCACGAGACCCCCCCCCCCCUCCCUCCCUCUCCCACCCCCCUCGAGUAUCUUCAACAGUGACUCAUAAGCCAAAGAUCCAAUCACCUGAACAUAUGGAUGUUGUUGCACACAGAGCACUUUCCCCUCUCUGUCUGCAGCCAGCGUUGCCUCUCCUACUGCUGAGGGCAGGACGCCUUUCCACGCAGGCACUCACCGGUCCAGCCAGGUCUUACUUAACAGUCCUCAUCAACACCACUAUACUGGCUUAGCCUUUCGCUCUCAUUACCUCUUCAUAGAAGAUCAAGAUCCGCUCUACUGGUAACGCUGCAUGCAAUCACUAUAGUGGGCUUAUAAUUCUAUAUGGGAGUCCCCAAAAAUCUGCAACAAAAAUAUGCUACAAAAAGGUAGGUGCAUGUCAACAACAGAAAACAUUUAACUUUUAUUUACUAUGCAAAGAGAGAUAUUGCACAAAAAGUAUGGGUAAGAACGAUAUCGAUGUAGACAUGGAAUUACAAGAAAACGUCUGCUAAUCAGCUACUAUCUUUUGUAUCUGGCCACUCCUACACGGCUUGUUUCAUUUCGCUUCAACGUACUCAAAUUACGAGUGGAGAAAUAACAUUAAAAAAACAACAACACUGGAUUAAUAUUUCAAAUGAUAAACAUGAGAGCACCCUUUUACAUUUGUGGGACUGAAAAAUCAUUUUUGUGUGUUUUUCAUUCAGUCUGAUGUUUUUAAUCACACACGUGUACACGCACACACACACAACAACACACGGUAUGGUGCCUGUACAUAUCGAGGCCUGAACAGUUUCCUUGUGCAGGGCUAUUAUUUCCCGUCCGGCUGAUAGUUGGUGUGUUCCAGGUGCUGCCAUAGCACUGGCAUCGUUGUAAUCCUCCAUGUUACUCAUCGUCUGGUGUCCCUCUCUCACUGCAUCAUGUACAGUUGGACCGAUGAAUAAACGA